AUGGUUGGGCAGAAGCUGUACCCGCGUGCGACCGUCAAGAAGAUUGUCAAGGCUCACUCGAACUGCAACGUGAGCAAGAACGCUGAUGUCAUGAUUUUUUUGGACUACAUGCUGUUCAUGCAGACCCUCAUGAAAGAGACUGCGAUUGAGGCGAAGCAAGGAGGUGAACGAGGCAUCACCGCACGGAGCGUCAGGAGAGUGACUGCGGACUCGCUUGCCAAAUUCAGGGGAUGA